GUCGCCGUCUUGCCGCUAGCCUGUCUCACCUCGCGGCCGGCAGCCUUGCGCGACGCGCCGCGCUCUUUCACAUUCAAAAUUAUUCGCAAUCAUUGCAAAAACUCUCUGUGCAAUAAAAAUAUCUCAUCUUUCGCUGCGGUCGCAAUUGGUUUAUAAACAGAGAGAUUCUUAAAACUUAGUAAUAAAAUUAAGUGCCUUUUAAAACUUUGAAUGCACUCCUCGUUGCAUGUCCCGCGCGCGUCGUUAUGAGAACCCCGUACUGGCGGUCACGUUGACGUCGCGCGGUGCCGCCAUAUCUGUCUCGGCCACCAACUAGCAAAAUUAAUAGGCUCAAAAAAUAGUCACAUCACUAGAAGAAUGCAAUGACCCGCGCAUUCGCUUUUUGAAAUUUCGCCUUCACCCGGAUGGAAUGAGGAGUGCACAAUCCCAUUGUUUCACAUUUUCAUAUGUUUGAACAUCAUUUGUUUUUUUGUUUUUCGGACGAUUAGAGUGUUAUCAUUUUCUUCCAAAAUUACAAAAAUUCAAAAUAAGAAUGGCGGAGGGCAAUGGAGAAAUAUCCCUUGAAGAGGUACCUGGGAAGGACUCCGAUGUUGGCCGAACACCAGAUUACCACAAACUCAUUGAAUGUGGCUUGGAUGCAAAGGUAGCCGCGAAGUUGGACGACAUUUAUAAGACUGGAAAGCUAGCGCACGCUGAGUUGGACGAACGCGCGCUAGAUGCCUUAAAAGAAUUUCCAUCCGACGGUGCUUUAAGUGUUCUUGGACAAUUUUUAGAUUCAAAUCUCGAGCAUGUAUCUAAUAAAAGUGCUUAUUUAUGUGGAGUCAUGAAGACCUAUAGACAGAAAAGCAGAGCGGGCGUUCAGGGCGCGCCCGCUCUGUCCUCCGCUGUCCAGGUCAAGGGCCCCGACGAGGAGAAGAUCAAACAGAUCCUGGCCAGGACCGGCUACACGUUAGACGUCACCACAGGCCAACGUAAGUACGGUGGGCCGCCUCCAGGGUGGGAGGGCGGUACACCGGGCGCCGGCUGCGAGGUGUUCUGCGGCAAGAUUCCCAAGGACAUGUACGAGGACGAGCUAAUUCCUCUGUUCGAGAAGUGCGGGUCCAUCUGGGACCUUCGCCUCAUGAUGGACCCGAUGACCGGCACCAACCGCGGCUACGCCUUCGUGACCUUCACCUCUCGUGAGGCGACGCAACGUGCCGUACAGGAGCUCGAUAAUUACGAAAUAAAACCAGGGAAGACUCUGAGAAUUAAGAUUAGCGUACCAAAUCUGCGACUUUUCGUCGGCAACAUUCCCAAGUCUAAAGGCAAAGAGGAGAUACUGGAAGAGUUUGGUAAAUUAACAGCUGGCCUCAUGGAAGUUAUUAUAUAUAGUUCGCCCGAUGACAAGAAGAAAAAUAGAGGGUUUUGUUUUUUGGAAUACGAGUCUCACAAAGCCGCAUCACUAGCUAAACGUAGACUGGGCACUGGUAGAAUAAAGCAGGUAUGGGGCUGUGAUAUUAUAGUGGAUUGGGCCGACCCUCAAGAGGAGCCGGACGAGCAGACUAUGAGUAAAGUGAAAGUGCUGUAUGUACGGAAUCUAACACAAGAGAUCACCGAGGAGGCGUUGAAGGAGCAGUUCGAGCGCUACGGCACCGUGGAGCGCGUCAAGAAGAUCAAGGACUACGCCUUCGUGCACUUUGAGGACCGGGACUGUGCUGUCAAGGCAAUGCAAGAACUGGAUGGAAAAGAAAUGGGUGGCGCCAAACUGGAGGUGUCGCUCGCCAAGCCGCCUUCUGACAAGAAGAAGAAAGAAGAGAUCCUUCGCGCUAGAGAGAGACGUAUGAUGCAAAUGAUACAUGGCCGUGGCGGCUGCUCGCCCGUGCACGGCGCGCUGCGCGGCCGCACGCCGCAGCCCCCGCCGCGCCCGCCGCAGGCGCGCGGCGACUACGGUCAGUACCCACACGCUACACCUCUAACACCACACCACUGAUUUCAUUAUUGACGCGUUAAGUAAAAUGUACGUGCCAAUCAUUGAAAUGCAAGUGACAAUGACAGGGUUUUUCUCUCUACACACGGUUACACAUCGAUGUGCGACCAUAUAUUGACUCUUCGCUUUUUUUAUACGAGAUCAAUGCGAGGUGCCAACGUGUGGCUUUACUCGACAAAGUACAAAUUAAUUUUAAGUUUGACAAAAUGUUUGUCCUACCAGUAGCAAAACCCAGAUACACAAGAGAAAGCUCUCUACUAUGUUACCCCCUCUGAAGGACACUCGUACACAAUCACAAUGUUAUUAAACUGACAGUGACAGUAUUCGUCAACACUUAAAAAAUCCAAUUUCAGUGUCUAAUUGGAAUUCAAUAAAAUACAGUAUCAUAUUGGGUUACUUGUCUUAAUUAUGAUCUUCAUUUCAAAUACGCAUUGAGUUCAAAUUAGACAUUUGAAAAUCGAUAAAAAUUACGCUUAUGUAAUCUCGGUAGCAACACUAGUUGUUUUGUAACCCUUCAGCUACUUAAAACUUGAUUGUGUCUUCAACUACUACGGCCCGUAUUAAUACUCGCAUCUAUUAAUAUGUCACUUGAAUCUUCUUAUUCUUCCUUAUCGGUCGGCAUAACGUGUAUUUUUCUUCCACUUCCCCUAUCAGCCGUCAUUACCAUACUCACACCUUUCUUAUCCAUGUCAUCUUUCACACAAUCCAUCCAUCUCUUCUUUAGCCUUUCUCUCCUCUUAUAUCCCUCCACACUAAUACAUAACACUCCUUCAGUCACAUGACGUCCUUCCCUCCGCAUGUUAUGUCCAUACCACGCCAGCCUAUCACUUAAUGUCACUUGAGUGUACAUCAACUGUAUAUCCCUUCCGACUGGUUUGGUCAGAAUGUCAUUGUCACUACUCAACAUAUCGAUGGUGGAAACAUGAAAUGUCGUAUGGGACAUUUUAUCGCAAGGGAAAAUGACCUUACGACGAAAUGUCUAUUGGGACAUUUCAAAUUUCCACCGUCGAUAUAAGAGAGGUUACACACGGCGACUUUAUAUUUAUAGGCGAUUGCAUCGAUGCAAACGCGCCACUGCAUUGAUACAAUCGCAAUCGCGUUUCCAUCGCUGCUAAAAUUCGCAAUGUGUAUCGAAUUUUGAAAUGUCGGAGCGACAUUUUGUAGUAAGGGAUAUUUUCCAUUACGACUAAAUAUUCCUCAUAUUUCAACUGUCGAUAUUGUUCAAAGCUCAAAAAUCCCUUUAAUGCCGGGUGUACGAGUCUUUCACUUGCGUUUUUCGCUUGCUUGCAUUGGCCGGGUCAUGGCGUAGAAAUCUGCCUUCCGCGCAAAGGCCUUCACGAGUCUUCCGAUUUGCGUUGCGGAGCGACUUGCGCGCAUGCGCGACGCCUUGUCUUUGUUUUGGUUUUAUUGGACGCGUGGACGCUGCUGCUCUGUGAUUGGCCAGUGGUGCUGUGCUCCGCAAACGUUCCCUGUUGCUUGCGUGGAAAUAUCAAACAUGCUAGAUAUCAAAAGCACGUAACGCAAAGAAAUCCAACGCAAAGUAAGCGGCCGGCACAAGCGAGCGACUCGUCCGGUUCUUUGAUUGCGUAUCAUUUGAGAAUUCCCGAUCAUUAUAAACGUGACUCAGCACUACAACUCAAAGAACUUUAUUAAGUUCAUGGCAGUGCAGGGUCUUGCCACUUGAGAUGGUAUAUUUAAGACGCCGAUGCUUGAGAUGUAUAUGCUCUUUAUUAAUACG